AUGUCCAAGCUCCUCCACCUAUGGAAGUUCCUUUCCGACAGGAACAAAGCCCAUAUACGGGCCGAGUCCGUACACCUCGAAGGUGUUCGAAAAAUUGUCUCAAAGGACAACUCGUGCUUAUCUGGACUGGCGCGGGCUGAGCUCAUCGAGAAUCUCAAAUUUGUCGCCAAAUCCAUCUCUCGAUUGAACCGAAGGUGCGAGGAUCUGUCCCUCAGGAGCUUCGAUCGCCUCCUUCAUAGUGCUCAUCACUCGAGCAAUAUAUUUGAAGAUACAGCUAAAAGCUCGACCAACAAUGAAACAACUAUGCUCCCAAUUCAGUGUGUUUUCCCCAAGUGGCGACAAGGGUCAGCCAAACUAAAAUCACACGAACCUCUUGAAUGGGACAUUGAGGACUUUGGUAAAGCCGAUGAGAGUAGUACAGGGGAGUCUUCUCUGCCCAAGAAGGAGAAAUAUCAAAGGCUUUAA